AUUUGUCAGAAGGAGGACAUCCGAAGCGAGAUAUCGCAGCAAGCGCGUCAUUCGUCCUUAGUUGAAUCUUUGCUCACUUCAUCAGUGCACUUGUCAAGAUGGCUAAUGAUUACUUAAUACUGUCGAUCUUUUUUUCAGCUCUUGCCGUGCAAGUCCUGGGUCAAACGUAUCCACCUACAACCGAAGAAGAAACGUUCAUUUUCACUGGUUUCGGAAGAACAUCUGUCCGAACAGCUGAUAGAACCCCAACCUACAGACCAAGUAUUCGAACAGCAACCGGACCAAUCUCCAGGACAUCUUACUACAGAACCCCAACCAGAUUGCCAUACAGGACAUCUUACUAUAGAACCCCAACCAGAUUGCCAUACAGGACAUCUUACUAUAGAGCCCCAACCAGAUUGCCAUACAGGACAUCUUACUAUAGAACCCCAACCAGAUUGCCAUACAGGACAUCUUACUAUAGAACCCCAACCAGAUUGCCAUCCAGGACAUCUUACUAUAGAACCCCAACCAGAUUGCCAUACAGGACAUCUUACUACAGAACCCCAACCAGAUUGCCAUACAGGACAUCUUACUAUAGAACCCCAACCUACAGACAAAGUAUUAGGACAGCAACCGGACCAAUCUCCAGGACAUCUUACUAUAGAACACCAACCAGAUUGUCAUACAGGACAUCUUACUACAGAACCCCAACCUUUAGACCAAGUAUUAGAACAGGAACCGGACAUAUCUCCAGAACAUCUUACUACAGAACACCAACGUCAUUCAGACCAACAUUUAAGCCGUUCAGACCUAGCGGCCUCUCGGAAACGGCUUGGAAGAACUUCAAAGAUGGACGACUCGAUAAACUUUCGGAGGAAGAAAGGAAAAAAUUGAAACCAAGAUACGUCGUUUAUAUUAGCAAAGGGGCACUGGAGUACGCAGGUGAAGAACUGGUGAGGAAUCUGACAAAAUUGGUUGGAAGAGGAGGCAAAGAUGAUGUUGAAAAAUUGGCAAAUAAAUUGAAUUGUUCACAACUUGCUUAUGUCCUCGAUGAGGCAACGAAAUGGGAUUGUUCCUUGCUGAAAGGCUUGGAAUCACCGGUGAAAAGAUGCAGAAAAGAAAAGGGAAAGAUGGCUCAUAAGUAUAACCUUGAAGCUCUGUCAAGAUGUGUUUCGUUUAAGGACUUAGACAAACACGAGUUCAAAGAGCUGGGCGAUAAAGGAGCAUUCAAAGAUGCCUCAAAUGAACAGAAGAAAAAGUACGCAAAACAAGCGAAGAAGGUUAAUGGUGACCCUGAAUACUGGACAAAAGAUGAUUUAAAAGUUAUGGAAGAUCUUUUACCUUUUCUACCUUUAAAAGACUUGAAAAAGGUUCAGAAGCACGUGCUAAAAGAAUUUUUAAAGGAUGGCGGUGGAAAGACAUUGAGCAAGCAAAGAAAGAGCGAUAUUUUCCGUGAACUCUUCAAAGGAGAAAAGAGCUUGACAGCAGAGAACAUUACUUGGAUUUGCGAGGCUGGGUUUGAAUCGGAAUUAAGGUCCAAAGAUAUCAAAUCUCUUUCAGACAAGUCGCUUGAAAUGUACGCAAAAUGUUUCGGAUCACAUGAAGCACACGCGUCUGUUAGGAGAGAGUUCACAAAACGAGUGUGUUCAAAUCCUUUGAACUUUGACAAUUACACUGCCGAAAUAUGCGUGCACUCGCUGGCAGAUAUGAAGCCGAGUGUUUUGACAAACGAGACAAUUGUUGAGCUGUUGUUGCAACAAUACCUCAAGCUGCCGAAGAAACCGGAAGUGAAAGGAGAAAUAUGUCGAAAACUUGCUCGAGCUUUCACAAGAAAGUUCGGUCGAAAUUCCACCAUGAGAGCAGGUCCAUUGGUGAAGUGCAUGGAUAGAUCACCUGAAGAAAUAGCCGAUGAUAUGGAAAGUUUGAAGGAAAUUGCCAAUUCUAAGGGAAACAAAGCACUGAAACGACGUCUUUUUGAUGUAAUAAAAAUGAAUCGGACGAAAUAUGGCGGCGUACUACUCGAGUUUAAUUUAUUGAUUGAUUGA